AACUGAAAUAAAUAAAAGGAAGAAAGAAUAUCUCUGUGGCUUGGUUCAUUGAAGCUUUCACCGCCAGCAGCAUAACUACCGUGUGCGAUCCGGAGUCGUGUUGGUAAUUCAAUUAAUGUCGAUUGAAGAAGACGACGACGUAGAGAGCUGUGGAAGCAGAGCAGUGGAGUCGUACUCUGCUACAGCGAAUCCACCAGGACGGCACCAUCACCAUCACCAAAGGCAGAAGCUUGAAGUGUAUAAUGAAGUUUUGAAGCGAAUUCAAGACUCGAACUUCGAAGAAGCGAAUGCUCCUGGCUUUGAUGAUCACCUUUGGCUUCAUUUCAAUCGCUUACCUGCUCGAUAUGUUAUGGAUGUGAAUGUGGAGAGAGCAGAAGAUGUGCUUAUGCACAAGAGAUUACUUCAGUUGGCUGAAAAUCCUGCAAAUCGACCGGCUUUUGAAGUUCAUCUCGUUCAGGUGUAUCCUUCCUGGAAUGGAAAUUUUAAUGAUCCUGUUCAUUCAGAUCCGACAAUGAAAGAAGAUGCGCAAAGUUCUUAUUUUACAAACAAGCAGGGAAUGCUCCCACCACCCACAUUUGGCUCAUCACCUCAUCUUGAAGCAUUUCAAGCCUUUAGAUAUAAUGUUGAAGAUGGAGAUGGUGCUAUAAAUUCUACACCGUGUCGUUCUCGGCCUAUGCACGAGAUCACCUUUUCAACAGUCGAUAGGCCAAAACUCCUUAGUCAGUUGACUUCCCUGCUCGCGGAGAUUGGAUUGAACAUUCAAGAAGCUCAUGCUUUUUCCACAGUUGAUGGGUUUUCUCUGGACGUUUUUGUUGUUGAUGGAUGGCUUUGUGAGGAGACUGAAGAGCUCAAAAAUGCUUUAGAAAAGGAAAUCUUAAAGGCUAAGGAUCAGUGCUUUCCAAAUCAGCUUUCUGUUUCUCUCAUUGGUGAGCAGAAUAAAACAGGGGUCAAAUCUCUUCUUGAUAAUGUUCAAAUACCGAGUGAUGGAACUGAUGUCUGGGAAAUUGACACCAGUCAACUGAAAGUCGAAAACAAAGUUGCAUCUGGAUCGUAUGGUGAUUUGUACAGAGGCACAUAUUGUAGUCAGGAAGUAGCCAUCAAAGUGCUCAAGCCUGAGCGUGUCAGUGCAGAAAUGCUUAGGGAGUUCUCCCAGGAAGUUUAUAUAAUGAGGAAAGUCCGGCAUAAGAAUGUUGUGCAAUUAAUUGGUGCAUGCACCCAAUCUCCAAACUUGUGCAUUGUGACUGAGUUCAUGGCUAAAGGAAGUUUAUACAACUUUCUGCAUAAACAGAAGGGUGUAUUUAAGCUUCCAUCCUUGAUCAAAGUGGCGAUUGAUGUGUCAAAGGGAAUGAAUUAUCUGCACCAAAAUAAUAUAAUUCACAGGGACCUGAAAACUGCCAACCUUCUGAUGGAUGAAAACGAAGUUGUAAAGGUUGCUGAUUUUGGAGUUGCUAGAGUACAGACUCAAUCUGGGGUAAUGACAGCUGAAACAGGAACAUACCGCUGGAUGGCUCCUGAGGUGAUUGAACACAAACCAUAUGAUUACAAGGCAGAUGUAUUCAGUUUUGGAAUAGUUAUGUGGGAGCUUCUAACAGGAGAACUUCCUUACUCGUACUUAACCCCAUUGCAAGCAGCAGUUGGCGUAGUGCAAAAGGGUCUCCGGCCUACAAUCCCCAAGCACACUUACCCAAAACUUGCAGAACUUCUUGAGAGAUGCUGGCAGCGAGACCCAACUCAAAGGCCCAAUUUUUCUCAGAUAAUAGAUAUCCUUCAGCAAAUAGCGAAGGAGGUUGGAGAUGAGAGGGAAGGGGCGAAGGAUAAAUCAACCGAUGGCUUUUUCUCAGCACUGAUCAAGGGCCACCAUUAACUAUCAAGGAGCAUAUGCUGUUAAUAAUUCGUGCAAAUCUAGCCAGUUCCCAUCGUACAUUCUUCUUUUUUUCCUUUUUCUCUAACAUCUUUUUUAUUUCCUUUUGUCGUACGUAGUUGUUAGUUGUACAGUGCUUUGUCCUAGUUUAACUUUAGUUGCCCCUUUUCCCUUGAUCAAAGAUUCCAAUUUUCUGCA